UAAAGAAAGUGUAUUAGCAUAUAUAAAUAAAUGCAUUCUUUUGAAUACUUCCAUUGAUGCAAAAUGAAUGAGAGUAUAGAAUCUGCAGAUAAUACUGAUAUAAAAACCCAUAGCAAUAAUGCUGAUACAAUUUCAUCAACGCAGUCUUCUUCAUCAGAUUAUAUUACUGGUGAAGCCGAUGAUAGUUCGGAUAGUAAAGGACCAAUUCCCAACACACUGAAAUCAGUUGAAAAUCUCCUGUCUUUAAGCAAGGCGAUGGAUCAGGACUGCCUUCAUGAAAUGAUAAAUAAAUGUAAACAAAUGGUUUUACAAAGUGCAGAAUGUUCCGAAGAACGUAAAUGGCUAGUUAGACGUUUAAUAGAAUUAAGACUGAGAGCUCAAGAACUUCGUGAAACUUCAAAUGAAACUGUCUUACAAACAUGCGUAAUUUUGGGUCAUCAUUUCUCACCUCAAAAAUAUUACAUUGCUACUUCAGGAUCAGUUUAUUGUGAUCAUUGUAGCGGUGGAAUAUGGACUAUGCUACAGUCUUGGUACAUGUGCAAUGAUUGUGGAUUCUGUUGCCAUUUGAAGUGUAUGACCAAUAUCUGUAGAAUAUGCGUUCAUGUAAUUGCAAGUGAAGCAGGCGGCUAUACGUACACCAAGGAUAUAUGUCCCGAAAGAGGCCUAUCUGCGCAGGCAUAUAGAUGUGCAGAAUGCCAUACAAGAAUAGCGUUUACUAUCUCAAAAGGAUUAUCAUUAUCAUGUUUUGGCAGUCCUUUCAAGCAUUCAGAAUCUGGAUGGAUAGAGCCAAGAUUGUGUGACUACAGUGGCUUAUAUUAUUGUCAAAGAUGUCAUUGGAAUUCAUUGGCUGUUAUACCUGCAAGAAUUAUACGUAAUUGGGAUAUGGAACCUAGACGAGUUUGUCGUGCUGCUUUCCAACUUUUAGCUCUUCUAGAAAGUAAACCAGUCUUACUACUCGAAGAAUUAAAUAAAAAGUUAUUUACAUUAGUUCCAGAUUUAUCAUUGAUUAAGAGAUUACGAGAAGAACUGCAGAUGAUGAAGCAAUAUCUUGUUGUAUGCUCGGAAGCAAGUAAUCAAGGAUUACCAUGGAAAUCUGGGCUCAGAACUCAUAUGCUUGAAAGCAACAAUAACUAUUCGAUAAAAGAUCUAAUUGAUCUUCAAACUGGAGUUUUAAUGGAUGAAAUCCAGUUUGCUCAUAAUGCAAUGAGAAGCCAUAUAACUGAGACAUGCGAACUAUGUAAAGCAAGAGGUCAUCUAUGCGAGAUCUGUGGAAACGAUGAAAUUAUUUAUCCUUGGGAUGCGAGUGCUACGAAAUGUCGAAUAUGCUUGACGGUAUAUCAUCAUUUAUGUCGAUCUAAACGCAACAAACAUUGUCCAAAAUGUUUAAGAAUUCAACAACGGCAGUGCGUAUUUGAAGAUGAGAUCGUUAAUAAAGAUGACAAUGAUAAUAAAUGUAAAUGAAUUGCCCGAAGCAUCAUUUUUAAUAUUCAAAUUCAUAAAA